AUGGCCUGGCGCAGCAGUGGCUCGUCCAACGCCGCCCUGGUGGAAAACAUGUGGGACCACGGCCUGCUGACGUCGCCCAUCGUCAAGGCCGCCUUCCUCAAGGUCGAUCGCGCCCACUACGCGCCCUCGGCACCCUACCAGGACUCGCCCCAGUCCAUCGGCCACGGCGCCACCAUCAGCGCCCCGCACAUGCACGCCAACGCCGUCGAGAGCCUGCUGGAGUACGUGCUGCCGGCGGUCGCGGUCGCCGGAACGGGAGACGCCUCGGCGAUCAAGGACGGUGAAGGCCGCGAGGUGGCGCCGGGUCGCAAGGACUCCAAGAUCGACGACGAGGUCGCGGGCCUGGACGUCGAGGGCGUGCGCGGUCGCCCCCGCCGCGUGCUCGAUAUCGGCAGCGGCAGCGGCUACCUGACGCAUGUGAUGGCCGAGCUCGCGGGCGAGGGCAGUGUCGUCGUCGGCAUCGAGCACAUUGACGAGCUGCGCGACCUCGGCGAGGCCAACAUGGCCAAGUCACCCGAGGGCCGCGCCCUGCUGGAGUCGGGUCGCGUACGGUUCCGCGUCGGCGAUGGGCGCAAGGGCUGGUCGGAGCCGAGCCCGGGGGAUGCGCUGCCCGGAGUGGGCGGCAAGGCCACCAGCGGGUCCCGGGACGAGGGGGAGGAGGGCGGCUGGGACGCGAUCCACGUCGGCGCCGCGGCCUUGGAGCUGCACCAGGAGCUCGUGGACCAGCUGCGCAGUCCCGGCCGCAUGUUCAUCCCCGUCGGCGGCAAGGACGGCUGGGACCAGUUCAUAUGGACCGUGGACAAGGACCGCAAGGGGAAGGUGACCAAGAAGAAGCUGUACGGUGUGCGCUACGUGCCCCUGACCGAUGCACCUGCACGAAGGAGGUCGUGA